UGAGGAUACCAUCACUGUCUUCACUGUGCAAAUGUGUUUCCGGAGACAGACAUCGGCAAAAAUAUUUAUUAUAAGACAUUAUAAUUAGAUCCAGGUACUUGAUAAGACUUUUUCAAUCACGUCUAUCACACGUCCGAUAUUUGUUUAAAUCAUGUCUGUGCAUAUGCAUCCAUGGAGAACGGGUAAAAGCCUCUUUGACAUUCUCAAUCAACUUCCAAAUUUCGGAGUCGGUCGAAUUGUGACGAGAACGAGAUGGCAGCAUCGGUGCCCAGAACAACCAAGUUAUAUCCGAAUUACAAGGGUGAAGGUCGACUGUGAAAGCUUGAAUUUAGGCCAAGGAGAAGCAUGGGGAAUACCAACAAUGAGAGGUUACUCACGAGAGGGCAUGGAGGUCAAGAUAGGGGCUUGGUGGAAGCGGGAGUGGAAGCUCAUCCGCAAGAGCGAAGAGGACGAGUUCUGCGCAUACCAACCGAAGCCAGAAGACUUCCAUCAGGUACCCAACAAGGUGCCCAUGCCACCCCUCCUAGCUGCCAUGGUCAAGGAAGAAGGGCUGGCCAAAGGGAAAGAGAUGGAGGAACCGCUCCUCUUGGACAUCAAAGCCAGCAGAGGUUACAGGCACAAAGGCUAUCAGGUUCCUGGGGACAAUGUUGUCGGGAAGCGCAUAGGUGACUUUGAGAUUCCAAGAUGAUGUAUCAGGAAAGUGUGCUUAUUGACUUGAAUAGUAGAGUGGUGGAGCAAACCAUAUAAAAACUUUUGUUGUCCUGUUUUUAAGCGAGAGGUGCAGUGGCUCUGGACAAGCCCUUGUUAACCAACAUUCGCUUGACCUUCUAACCAUCCCUCUCCUCAAACUGACUUGGUGCCACUAAUAGGACAUUAACUCUUUUGGAUGAGAUAUGUUUUCCUAUGAGUAUGUGGUCUGCUCAUAAUCCAUAAAACUGAUUUAAUGUGCGAUUGUGCAGAUUAGAUCAGAAAUCAACAUUAUGAACAUGAUCUCCAGUUUGUUGCUCCGUAUUUCAAAGGGAAAGAAGCAGGUUAUACUAUAUUUGAAAACCACUGGUAAAGAUUGAUAAUAAAUCAGUAAAAUUACUAAAAAUCA